UGUCAGUGGAAUAUGGAUGAUGAAAGCAGCAUUAGAUGCAUCAGCCCAGAUAAAGUGGAAAGAUGUAUGAGUUUGAUGCAAGCUGGUACGCAGAUGAUCAAACUCCGCGGCAGCUCCAAAGGCCUGGUGCGCUUUUAUUACUUGGAUGAACACAAGUCGUGUAUUCGCUGGAGACCAUCUCGGAAGAAUGAGAAAGCCAAAAUCUCUAUCGACUCUAUUCGGGAGGUGUGUGAGGGGAAGCAAUCGGAGAUCUUUCAGCGCUAUGCUGAUGGCAGUUUUGAUCCCAACUGCUGCUUCAGCAUCUACUAUGGAGACCAUAUGGAAUCUCUUGAUCUAGUAUCUUCCAGUGGAGAGGAAGCACGCACCUGGAUCACAGGACUGAAAUAUCUGAUGGCAGGGAUCAGUGAUGAAGACAGCCUGUCAAAACGUCAGAGGACCAGAGACCAGUGGUUGAAGCAGACUUUUGAUGAGGCAGACAAAAAUGGUGAUGGAAGUUUGAGUAUUAAUGAAGUACUGCAACUAAUGCACAAGCUGAAUGUGAACCUACCCAGACAAAAAGUCAAACAGAUGUUUAAGGAGGCUGAUACGGAUGAUAACCAGGGCGUGCUGGGCUUUGAUGAAUUCUGUGCCUUCUACAAGAUGAUGUCAACACGGCGUGAUUUGUACCUGCUAAUGCUUACCUACAGCAACCACAAGGACUACCUAGAUACAGAUGACUUGAGACGCUUUCUUGAGAUUGAGCAAAAGAUGACCAGCGUGACUAAGGAGCACUGCCUGGAAAUUGUCAGCAAGUUUGAACCGUGCUUGGAGAACAAGAAGGAGGGAGCUUUGGGGAUUGAUGGUUUCACCAAUUACAUGCGGAGUCCAUCAGGGGACAUAUUCAACCCAGAACACUACCAAGUGAAUCAGGACAUGAGUUAUCCUUUGAGUCACUAUUUCAUUACCUCUUCACAUAAUACCUACCUCACAGGGGAUCAACUGAUGUCUCAAUCUAGGAUGGACAUGUAUGCAUGGGUGUUACAAUCUGGCUGUCGUUGUGUAGAAGUUGACUGCUGGGAUGGGCCAGAUGGUGAACCAAUUGUCCACCAUGGAUAUACUUUAACUUCCAAAAUUCUCUUCAAAGAUGUAAUUGAAACUAUCAACAGAUACGCCUUUGUCAAGAAUGAGUACCCCGUUAUCUUGUCCAUUGAGAACCAUUGCAGUGUCGUUCAGCAGAAGAAGAUGGCUCAGUAUCUUACAGAAAUACUGGGAGACAAACUGGAUUUGUCUUCAGUGCACAGUGAAGAUCCUACCAAGCUCCCUUCACCAGCAAGUCUUAGAGGGAAGAUACUGGUUAAGGGGAAGAAGCUUCCAGCCAAUAUUAGUGAUGAUGCAGAGGAAGGUGACGUGUCCGAUGAGGACAGUGCUGAUGAGAUUGAUGAUGAUUGUAAAUUAAUGAAUGGAGAUGCAUCUGCUAAUAGGAAGAGAGUGGAGAAUAUAGCAAAGAAAAAACUAGACUCACUGAUAAAGGAAUCCAAAAUCCGUGACUGCGAAGAUCCAAACAAUUUUACAGUCACUACUCUGCCAUCAUCAGGGAAGGUUGGUCAGAAGUCAGAUGUUAAGAAGAGUAAACUUGAAGAUGAAGUGGAAUCUGGGGAAGAUUUCAGCACCAGCAAACGGCACGGCCGGUCGCUGAUGGGCAGCUUUUCCAAACGCAAGAAAAAAGGAAGCAAAUUGAAAAAGGCAACAAGUCUGGAAGAGGGUGAAGAUGAUUUGGACUUUCAAGGAAAUUUAUCCAGGGGCUCUGUACAUUGCAGCAGGGUAAACCGACAGAAGAAAACAAUGAAACUUUCCCGGGCGUUGUCUGACCUGGUGAAGUACACAAAGUCUGUUGGCAUUCAUGAUGUAGAAACCGAAAUCUCUUGCAGCUGGCAGGUUUCAUCUUUCAGUGAAACAAAAGCCCACCAGAUCCUGCAGCAAAAGCCAGCACAGUAUCUACAUUUCAACCAACACCAGUUGUCCCGCAUCUACCCAUCCUCUUACCGUGUUGACUCUAGCAACUACAAUCCCCAGCCAUUCUGGAAUGCUGGCUGCCAGCUUGUUGCAUUAAACUACCAGUCAGAGGGGAGAAUGCUACAACUGAACCGGGCAAAGUUUAGUGCCAAUGGGAAUUGUGGCUAUGUCCUCAAACCAAACUGCAUGUGUGAAGGUGUCUUUAAUCCAAAUUCUGAAGACCCACUGCCUGGACAGUUGAAGAAGCAGCUGGUUCUACGAAUUAUCAGUGGUCAACAACUCCCAAAACCACGGGAUUCCAUGUUGGGAGACAGAGGAGAGAUCAUAGAUCCAUUUGUAGAAGUAGAAGUCAUAGGCUUACCAGUUGAUUGCGUCAAAGAACAAACUAGAGUAGUUGAUGAUAAUGGUUUUAACCCAAUGUGGGAGGAAACGUUGGUGUUUACAGUGCACAUGCCAGAGAUUGCAUUGAUUCGAUUCCUCGUGUGGGAUCAUGAUCCAAUUGGGCGAGAUUUUAUUGGGCAGAGAACAUUAGCUUUUAGCAGUAUGAUGCCAGGCUACCGACAUGUAUACCUAGAAGGUAUAGAAGAGGCAUCCAUUUUUGUUCAUGUGGCUAUUAAUGACAUCUGUGGUAAGGCCAAACAAACAUUGGGUCUAAAAGGUCUUUUUCUCAGAAAUCCAAAGCAGGCAUCUCUGGACAGUCAUGCUGCUGGUCAGCUCCAUCGCAAACAUUCCUUUAGUGGCCACAUCUUGAGACGCACAGCGAGUGCACCCACCAAAACCCAGAAGAAAAACAAGAAAGGGUUUCCAGAAAUUGCUUUUGACACCAAAGAUAACAGCUCUGAAGGGGCCAGCGAAGACCAUGAAGUGGAAGACACUUCUCAGCCUCACUUUGAGCAAACGCCCGACAGUGCUUGUCCGUCACCAGCUCCCAGAGAUGGUGCCAAUGGGGAGGUACAUGGCAAAGGGUGGAAAGGUAAGGCCCAUCCUUGUGGCAAAGGUAAAAGCCAAGGUUGUGUUCAAGGGGGUUCUGCUUUCAGUGAACCCAUUCGGAGGUCGAACAGGGUCCGUCUUCAGGAGCAGCAGAGUGAGAAGCAGAGUAUCUUUGCACGCUGCGCCAUCAACGGCUCUGGUAGGAUUGGAGUAGCCACUAAUUGCAUGAAAUGCAUGAUUGGGUCCAAAGAAAGCCCAGAUCUAGAAUGCAAAUGGAGUGACCAGCCUACCAGGCCUCUUGCUAAAGAUAUGCCUCACCAUGAGCAGUAUAGCAGUAUAACUGGAGAAGAGAGGUUAGAACUAAAAACCUGGGGUAUUAAAGAUCAGCCAAGGCCACGAUCAGAUUUGCAGCCUUGCAGCAGCUCUGGAACUGCCGGUGACCCGAUAAGGGGCAGCCAGUCUUUGGUGACCUCAGGGAAGAAAACUGCUGAAUCCAAAUGUCAUGGAAUGAAGCCUCAUUCCCGGCAUCGCUGGCAGUGCCAGUCACGUGGCAAGUAUGGCAGCACUGUGAACUUGGUUGCAGCCACCAGUAGCUCCAUAUCCUCCAAUUCCAGCAGUCUAGAAAGCCUUGGAAGCCCAGAAUUCCCCAAGCGCUGGCCUGAAACUUCUCGAAGGCAAGUGGGCACCCUACAGCGGGAAAUGAAUGCCUUGUUCGUUCAAAAAUUGGAGGAAAUUCGAAGUAAAUCCCCUAUAUUCUUUACUGGUAUCUGCCAGUUCUCAAUGCAGAAGUCAGUCACUUCUUUAUGCAGCCUAGAAACUAUCACUGAAGAGCCCAGUAUUGCCAAUGAAAACCAACAUGCCAGCGUCUUCCCCCUGCCCAUUGCCCCGUACUGUGAUUCCGAAGAAGUGUCUGUAUCUGGUCGUUCCACUGAAUCUCAGUCGGAAGAAAGCAGCACAUCCAAUCCCACGGAAGAACCUCUGCGUUCCAAAGAGCCAAGAGCGAACGUGGCUGCAGAAGACCAAGUGCAGGUGAGCGCAGCAGCAGCCAACACAAGUGUAUUAGUCCAAGAGGAUGAAAGGACAGACGUGGCAGGGUGUUUCAAAGAAGAAAACGGUGGGACACAGGCAAACAGCAGCGCCGAAGAUCAGUUGAGUUUAGCCGUGCAUCCUCAACAAGCCUGGCUGGUGGUGGCCGUGGACAAGACUGCUGACCAAGCUGCUGAGGGCUGCCAGAGGCAAGGUGACCAACCAGGUCAUGUAUUAACAGACCUGAAAAUCAGCACUGAAUCCAAAGGCCGAAAGCUUGGUGCAGCAGCUGCCCCUCUGCAGCAUAACAAUGUGAUUAACAGCACACAGCUAGUUUUGCCUCCUGGAGCUUUCCACAAGGGCCAAACUGCACAGACUCCAGCUGUUUCUGUUUCUCAAACCAGCUCUUAUUUGUUAACAAGGAAGUCAAAGAGUGUGGGUCACAAGAUGUCAGACUCCUCAGCCUUAAUAAAAAACCCAAGUAGCCAGUCUCCAGCGGCAGAAGUGUAUUUUGAUGCUACUGUUAAUGACCAGAUCUGGAGCAAGCUAGAUUGCAGCAAUCACCGUGACAGCAUGUCUUCCUCCUCCAGCAUGUCCUCCAAUGACACUGUGAUAGAUCUCUCUCUUCCCAAUCUAGCUCGCAAAAGCCUUCCAGAUCUUGGCAUCCGACAUGAAAAUUUUGAGCCCCUUGCUGUUAGAAAGGGUAUGCGCCCGCGAUCUGCUACAGCAUCAGGUAGCGAGAUGCCAGUGGUGAGCAAGAGCAAAUCCAAUCCUAAUCUGAGGUCUGAUCAGCUGCCAGAGGAUGAGUUAUGCCCCCGACCUCUUGUCAGGAGCUCUCAAGAUGCGUUCUCAUCCAUCCCUAGAAGACAUACCUGGAGCAGGCUCUACAUGGAAAGUCUCAGACAAUCUUCUCUCAAAUCCAAAGCGCAAGAUAAGGUUGGGAAUAGCCAGGCAAAAUCCAAAAGCCUUGGAGACCUUACCUCUGAUGAUAUCGUGUGCACUUUUGAAAGCAAGUACCGGAGCAUCAGCAAGAGUUUUGUCACUCGAUCAAUGCGGGAGCAGCGUCGCUCCUCCAGUUUGAGACCAUCAGUCAGGUGUCAGGAUGAGCUGACUGAACAGCUAAGGAAGUUGCAGCAGGAAAAUGAUAUCACGUCGCCUACCAGUCUUGAUCCAACUGAAUCCGAAGAGGAAGGGGAGAGCUUGGGACUCCUGCGCAGGUCUUCGUCUCGGAGUCAAAGCAGGGUACGGUACAUUGCCAACAGGGCCAAGCAAGCCCAGGAGCGGCAGCGGUUGCAAAGCCUUGGCCAGCUCAGCGGGAGCCCCAUUGAGGAGAGAGGAAAUCCAGAGGGAGCCUGCAGUGUUGUAAAAGGAGUUUGUAUGGACGUCACAUCUCCUACUGUGUUUACAUCCCAGCCUAAGAGCGAGACUGAUUAUAACCCUGACACAGAAGUCUUUUUUAUGCUGAAAUUGUAAUUCUGGGAAGCACUGAAUAAGGUGAUGUUUACAUUCCUGUAAAGAAAAAAUGUAGUGACCUAAGAGGCAUAGGAUUUCCUCA